CACCAACACGAUCCCGACCUCACUCUUGCCUUUCACUCACCGCCUGGAGCACUCACUCACCCCUUCGCACUAUUUAUACCGUUCUCCCUCCAUCUGUCGCACCUUUGCUCCUGACCUCCACCCACAACUCUCGCACACCGGUCUCCAGCGUUCACAUUCGCAAUACAGUCCCGCCACUGUUAUCAUCCGGACCAUUUCGCCGCAGCCUGCAUCUGCUACCAUGGCUGACAAGACUGCUGACAAGGCUGCCGACAACGGCGGCUCAAAGAUGCUCUCUACCGAAGUCGUGGCGAUCUUGCUUGCGGCAAAUGGGAUCUCCAGCAUCUCCAUGAACCAAUACGACGCGAUGUCUGCUUUGGACGGCACGCGUACCGCCAGCUCUUUCCAGCAUCAGUUUCGCGCCAUUCUCAGACGGGCCAAGGAACUCAAGGCGCGGUUGGACGGUGGAGAGAAGUUCGUCCCCGUUACGCCCAGCAAGAAGCGUGCUGCCAAAGCAGAUGACGGCGACAGCCCCACUAAGCCGAAAAAGGCGAAAUCGACUCCCUCCAAACCGAAGGCGGCUGCGAAGAAGGCGAAGGAGAAGAGUGUACUGGACGGUCCCGACCAUGAAGAGUUUGCGGAUGACUCCAACGAUUCUGCGGAAGACUUCCUGACUGGCAUCCAAGAGUUCAUCAAGGAGGAGAAAUAUGAUGAUGAGUGACUGUGGAUUGGAGGAUCCUUAGCUUUGGUUCGUGGAUUCGUGGACAGUAUGCGUCGGCUUUUUGAGCAACCAGAUUCCAUCAAGCCCUUUAGGUAUUGAGAAUAGGAAGGAGCUGUCACUGAUCCGUACACGGGUCAUAGUUUCUUGAAGGGGUCGGGCAGAGUGAUUUCUGGGACCAUGCUGUUACCUCUUUCCACUUUCCACAUACGACUGAGAA